UUCAAAAGAGAGGUUUAUUGUGGAAGAUAUUCGCUUUUCCGAGGAGCACAUGAAUGCAGCAUGAACUAGGUUGUUUCACUGACAUGUUUCUGUUGGGCGAGUAAAGAUGCACUUGUGGUUAAUAUACCCUCGACGUUAUUUUGUAUAGUUUUAACGCUUGGCUGGUAAUCCCCGUUCUUCGCAUUCCACGGUUUCGUGGAAAUUACAAAAACGAACAUGACAUCGAAACAGAAAGCUGGUAAAGUUGGCUCCAAAAGUAAGGAAGAUGCUCCCUACGAGUUGGAGAAUCAGUUCGUCCUCCGGCUGCCAACAGAGUAUGCAUCUACCGUGAGGAGGAUUGCCCAGUCUAGUAGUAUGAAUAUGAAGGACAGACUCACCAUUGAGUUGCACCCUGACGGUCGCCAUGGCAUCGUGAGAGUAGACCGUGUCCCUCUGGCCUGCAAACUCGUGGACCUGCCUUGCAUCAUUGAGUCUCUCAAAACAGUGGACAAGAAGACUUUUUAUAAGACAGCUGAUGUCUGCCAGAUGCUAGUGUGUACACUAGAUGGAGACCUCUACCCUCCUUUAGAGGAGCCAACGGGCACCGAUCCCAAGACCAAGAAGAAGGACAAAGACAAGGACAAGAAAUUUAUUUGGAACCACGGCAUCACUUGUCCCCUCAAGAACACGCGCAAGAGAAGAUUUCGCAAGACUGCCAAAAAAAAGGUGCUUGAACCCGCACGCCAUCUCUCUCUUUCUCUCUCUCCCUCUCUCCCCAUCUCCUCGCAGUACAUCGAAUCGCCCGACGUGGAAAAGGAGGUGAAGCGGCUGCUGAGCACAGAUGCCGACGCUGUCAGCGUUCGAUGGGAAGUCAUAGCAGAGGACGACAUGAAGGACGGAGACCAGCACGGCUCUCUUGCCAACCUGGACUCGUCACCUGGCACGUCAGGACACAAGAUGGGUCACGGAUCCUCAACCCAGCGUGACGAACUGCGGGAGAUGUUUAACGACAUCAGCAGCUCCAGCGAGGACGAGGAGGACGACGGGGACCGCCACGAGGACGAGGACCUGAACAUCGUGGACACGGAGGACGACCUGGUCCAAGACAAGCUGGAUGAGUCCGACCCUGCCCAACGAGAGUCGGACACAAACAACCAAAUAGUGAUGGAGUACCAAGUACAAAUCAGUGGCGUCAAAUCCAAGCUUCAGGAAACGCGAGCCCGCAAGAAACAACAGGAGGAGCUGAUCAUGAAAGUGGAAAACCAGGCCCUGAAAAACCGAUUCCAAGCGUGUUUGGACGAGAUCAUUCAGCAGGAGGAGCGCGAAAUGGAGCAGCUGGCCUCGCUCCAGGAGCAGCUGGACUCGCUGAUUGAGAAGUAAACACCAGGGGGCGCCCUCAGCACCACAGGAAAAGCGAAUGAUGAAGAAAAGGAGGAGGAGGAGGAGGAGGACGUGAGCCUUGACAGACUUGCUGUGUCAUUCCUUUUUAGUUAGGUAUUUUUACACAGAUCGCAGAGAGGGCGCCGAUUUGCAUAUCGGUUCAGAUCACGUUGUUUGUAGCCGUGUCAGUAAAGUGUUUUAUUUCAAUAUAGAA